AUGCCAUCAUCGUUGAGAACAUCUUGCACACUCGCAGAAGAGCAAAUAACUAUCUAUGGUAGUUUUCUUCUAUUCGCCAUGGGUGCAGCAGGUUCAGUACUCAAUAUUCUUGUUUUUCUUACUCUUCGCGCGUGCCGACAAAGCUCAUGUGCUUUUUAUCUCACUCCCAUGUCUGACGUUAACUUAGGAUACUUACUGAAUUCCGUAUUACCUCGCGUUCUGUUAGUGGUGUAUGGUAAUGACGGAACCAAGAAUUCGUUAUUUUAUUGCUGGUUUCCAAACUACUUAGCCACAGUGUGUUCAAUCUUAUCUUUAACAUGUUUUUGCUUAGCUACCAUGAACCAAUAUUUCGCUGCAUGUACUCGAUCUCGAUUUCAUCGAUGGUGUAAUAUCAGAUUCGCUCAACGCUUGGUCAUAAUUUUUAGUGUUGUAUGGAUUCUACAGUAUUCCAUAUCUUUUUUCUCUUUAAUCAUGUUCGUUCAUCCAUUUCUCAAAAAAUCGACCGUGUCAUGA